AUGAGCUCAACGAUGGACUCAGACCCGCUAUUGGCUCUACGUCAUGCGAUCAAAACCAAAUCUCCAAUAACGUAUGUCGCAAAUUCUGAGCCUACAACUUCCCUUCUUGCUGCAUCCCACAUCGUUCUGUCUCCGACUCUUUCGCUUCCAAAAUCAACUCCAACACGCUAUUCGAAACCUGGAACCUCUGCAUCUUCGCCGUCGGAUUUCUUCACCCUUGAAGCCGUAUAUUUAGCAUGGCUCCUCCGUGAUGCGCCUGUUGCAGAAUACAUGAAACAGGCUCGGGACAACGGUCUUGCAGUGGGAUUCGUGAGCGUUACGGAGAGGAAAAGCAUUGUCGAAUGGCUGGAAGGCAAGGUAAAUGACUUGAAACGAAUAGUGUCACUUGCAGCAGAGUCAACAACACCUCCAGGCACACCUACCCACCCCGGCGCAGCCACAAUGCCCCUAAUUACUCCGAAGCGCACAGCGCAUACUGCAGAUACCACCACUCCCUCAAAGCGACGUUACGUUGCUGAUCAACAAGAUGUUGAAGUUGUAAAACGGAUCAAGCAGAACGAGGUUGAGCUGCGCGACAGGAAUACUGUACUCCGAGGAAUAAAACCAAAUAACUUCUCUGCCUUACGAGCUACAUACUCUGAAAGAUUGAAGAAGCUUAAGGAGACAAAACCUGGGGCUGGCCCAGUUCCUGCCCCAACUGCUGGUCUUCCCAUGCAGUCCCGCAAAGCUAAAAAUUUGUACCCUAUCAUCAUGAUUUCCUCUUCUCCGACUGCUCUUAUAACUAUGCAUAAUGUCAAGCGUUUCCUUCAAGAAUCACUAUUUGAGUCUUCCACGGCCGCGCGUGAACGUGCCGCAGCUGCAGGCAAUUCCCGUGCUGAGGAUGUCAUUCAUAUUGACAGGCGGCGUGUACCGCCUUCUUCAUCCUCACAACCUACGUCUACGUCUCGCGGGGACAUUCAACGGUACUUUGUUGUUGAUAGCACUGACGCUUUGCAGAAAUUUGGUGCGGAUGCAUGGGAACGUGUUGUCUGCGUGAUGACCACCGGCCAAGCAUGGCAAUUCCGUCCGUACCGGUGGAGUGAACCCCGAGCUCUGUUCCAUCACGUGAAAGGCGUAUAUGUUUCAUGGGCAAAUGACCCGCCCAACACAAAGAUUAAAGACUGGAAUGUCACGGAACUGAAGAUCGAUCCACACAGACGACACAUUGACAAGUCUGUUGUGGCGCAUUUUUGGCAGCUCAUCGAUGACUGGACAAUCACCAACAAGCCAUGGUUGAUCAAGUCAUGA